UCUAAAGGGAUUGUAAAAUUUUUUGCUACAUUCGCUGAUAUUCGAUGUUUUCCGGGAGUGAUGUGAUAAGUGAUGAUAAUUAAAUAAAAUCUAGAUUAAUAGAAAUUAUUGGUUAGGAAAUUCUGGAUAAAACUUAGUUGGUUAUUAUUGUUAUUAUUUGCAAGAACGUUAUGAAUGGUGACAUCUAUUACUCAACAAAAGAAAUAGUGGAGUAGAGCUGCUGUCGGUAUUAGCGCUACACUUGCUAUGAUGGAGAUAGACGAAUCAAUGGAGACUUCCGCACGCCACACGUGUGUUGUCUGUAAACAAGACAAUUUAAAAAAACCAAAAUACUGCAAAUUAUGUAAUCGACCAGGUCAUCCUUCAUGUAUUUCAAAAAAACAUCGAAAAGAUGCUACGGAAGAGUGGUGUUUCGGUGUAGAAGGAGAUAAUGAAAGUGUGAUGUCAAGUUCCUCAACUGGCUCAACUGACAGCAGAGGAAAGAGAAAACGAAAAGGCUUUGUUGACGACACGGAACUGUGUGAAACCGUUGAAGAGAUGUUAAAUAAACUGGAAGAUGUAGGAUUGGCAAUGGAUGGAUUGAAGACAGAAGUGAAAACAAUCAUAACAAACAUUUUUACAAAUUUCAAGAAGGACCUAUUGACAGAAGUAAGGGAGAUAAUCAAGAAUGAAAUAAAAGGAUUGAAUGUAGAUAAUCAGGAAAGAAAAAUUAAUGACGAUAAAAGAGUUGAUAAUAUCAAUACAUACGCUGAUAAAGUCAUGAAGUCUAGAAAUGAAAUUGUUAUAAUAGAGCCAAGAAAGCAACAGGAUAGUGAAGAAACCUUCCAGGAGGUAAAAAAUAAAGUAAAGGUUGGUAAAUUAGGAGUCGGAGUAGAGUCAGUAAGAAAAAUUCAAUCUGGGAAAGUUGUCAUUGGAUGUGGUCAAAAGAAAGAUGUGGAAAUCUUAGCUAGUGAACUUAAAAAAACUAUGAGUGAAGAAUAUAACAUUAAAGUGACUAAUAAAAAACUACCUAAAGUGAAAAUUAUUGACAUUGAUGAAGAUAUAUUUGAUAUACAAGAGGAACAAGAAAUAAUUGAUAUGAUUAAAGAACAGAAUGAUAUUGCAUAUAGAGAAAAUUUAAAAAUGAGUAUUAAGAAAAGAAUAAAAGGAAAUAAAAAGAAUGGAAUUUUAAUUGUGGAAGUAGAUCCAGUCACACACAAAGUAUUGCUUGAGAAAAAUAAAAUUAAGCUUGGAUGGAAUAGAUGUAGAAUCUUUGACUGUGUAAGUGUACUUAGAUGCUACAAAUGUUGUGGAUAUCACCACUUUGCAAAGGACUGUACGAGAGAGAUUAAAUGUCGAAGAUGUGCGGGAAAUCAUUUGGAGAAAGAGUGUAAGAGUGAUCACAAGAAAUGUGCUAAUUGUACUCGAAUGGUAGAAGAAUAUAAAAUAAAUGGAAUUAAAACGGAUCAUUACGCAAGCGAUACGCUAUGUGAAUAUUAUAAAAGAAUAAUAAAAAAAGCAGAAAAAAAUAUUAACUAUUGUGCUAAUUAG